GUCCCUUUCACUGCGAACCGACCGCGUGGGAGGCCCGUUCGGGAUCUCAUAGCAAUUUCAACCCGAACUAGUCUUCGUUCGCGGCUCAGUCUCCGCCGGAGUGUCUCCCGUGGAUAAUCAUCUGUCCUCGCGAAUCAACCGCGAACCACGACGGAAGUUGAUCGAUAAUUUGCCGCAUCGACGGUUCCUUAAUCGAAUUUCGCGGAGCGAUGCGUAUACCAUCGAAAUCCAACGAGAAGUUGUUAAAGACCAACUAUUUGUACGAGAGUCACCGUUUCCGAAAGAGUCCCGAAAAGUGACUUCGAAGAGUCGCGAAAAUUGUAAACGGACACAGCGCUGAAACAUGUUUGCGUAACGCGUUUGCUCGAUCCGUCCUUCGACGAUCUCAACGGUGUUAAACGCUCGUCGCGAAUGUCUUCGAUUACCCGGCAGCGAACUGUCGGACCUGGCCAACUUCGACGUCGAAAACUUUGUGCAAGUUCGAGGAGCGUUCGCGGACUGAGCGGACGCAAGAUCGCUCGAGGGCGAUCGAUUCAUCGUCGACGGAUAACCGGAUCGGUGAUUUCCCAAGAGCUUGAAAACCCAGAGGGGAAGAAAUCGGGCGAGAACACCGUCUGAGAAAACACGAACGAGCAGCGAAAUAAUUGCAUCGUCUGGCGAUCGAUCGUUGGGCAAUACGUGCCGCCAAAGAAGAGAAAAAAUUGGGCCAGCGAGCCGGGUUUGUUGAACCCACUCGGUGAUCCUUUGUCGGAGAGAAAAUUGCCGGUAACCUUUGUAUCAUUGUUUUGAAAUGGCUCGGCGAAAGGUCGAGCCUGUGCGUCCCCGCCUCGAAGAAUAAAGGUUAGAGGAUCUAACUUAGAUCCUUCGCGACGAGUCUGAGACACCUUUGCGCUAUCAAAACUAUAUGAAACGAUUGGAAAAUUACUUGGUAAAAAAUCCUCCAAGUCUUCUCGAAAGACUAUACUAUAUAUAUAUAUCUCAGUCAACGUGCCAAUUGCUAAUUUUUCACGAAUCAUUUCUACUCUUAACUUCGAUCUUCCGAUGCUUGUCGACGGAGAAGUAAUUCUACAAGCCUCGAUAAAUCAUCCCGACCACUGACGAACGAUAAGGAACAAGCUACUUUAGUUGCAUCGCUUCGCAAUCGUAUUGCGCAAUAUGUAAAAGGGAGAAGAAAAGUUGAGGCAACGACGGUUUGUUAAACCUAUUCACCGUUCCGCGUUCACGCUCAUUGGAUGCAGCCGCGGCCGUUCGAGCUCCUCUUCUUCCCUUUUCGUCCUCGUUCCAUUGUUACGAGCGAAUUGCACAACCGUAGCCACGAAGAAAUCUACGACGAAGAUUUCAAUUAAGCCGCGGUGGUUAGCAUAAUUGGCCUGCUCCCUUCUGCCAACCCGGAAAUUAUUGAAGACUCUUUCUGGAUUAACGCGGAGGUCUCGUGGGCAGUGCCAGUCCCGAUUCGUCGCGAGAAUCGAGUCUUCCUCUUCGCGUUACCGUUCGCGUUAGCGUUAGCGUUCUUCCGUUCCAGGAACGUCGCAUUUCACCGCGACCUGGUGUCACCCGGUACAUUUCGUUCACGGUCAAGUGCUUUUUAUUCCGAAGCAACAGGAAGCGGCGAGCAAUUUCCGCUGGAAGGCUCCAGGUUGGAUAUACCUCCAUUACGUAUGCGCGUCUGGGAAGUUUAAUGGCAUCGACGACCCGUCGUAAACAUGUGUGCCAGUGUCAGGCCCAAAUGAAGCCGAUGACUAUCGAACGAUCGGUACAGAAAAAAUUAAAUAGCGUCUUCAAUUUCUUUUGACAAUUUUAUGUUACUAGGUGAUUAAACCAUUCGACGUUAAAAAAUUGUAAAUUACUGACUCACGAUCGCAGAUUGCAAAUCUAUAGUACGUUAAUAGAGACUGAUUUGAAAUUGUGAGUGAAAAGAUUGAAAAGUGCGAGAGAGAAAGAAAAUAAUUAAUAAAAUUAAGUAGCGUCUUCAAUUUCUUUUGACGAUUUUAUUUGACACGGUGAUUAGACCGUUCGACGUUGAGAAAUUGUUAAUUACUGGCUCACAAUCGCAGAUUGGAAAUCUAUAGUGCGUUAUCACAGACUGACUUGAAAUUGUGAGUGAAAAGAUCGAAAAGUGUGAGAGAGAAACAAGAAAAUAAUAAAAAAGCGAUCGAUGACUUUGAAACUAACAUUAAGCACCGCAACCUAAAAUUAAAUUAUGAAAGACACGGAGAGUAAAAGCGAAGUAGAAACAGAAUCGCAGACACAAUAGCGCAUAGUAAAAAUAAUCACAGCAAGUAAUCACUGGCCCAACUCUGGUGCAUGAAAUUUUCUGUUCUCGCCCCAAUUAGCUGCCGAGCUCUCGCGUGACUGUGGCCCGAGUUGCGUAAAAACUCGCGAACAAUGAUGGAGAACGUGUACGUGAUAAAGGUGAAAACUAAGCCAGCGUUGUCUUCCUUGUAUCCAUCGGAGCGUCGUUACUCGGCGUCGACCGUGGGCGGUCUGUCCUUCGUCCAUUUCGGCCUGGGCGCGCUGUCCCUUUUGCUGGGCAGCCUCGCCCUAUCUCUUCAAGGUCCCGUGCUGUCGGUAGCGUGUCUGGUACCGUUCGCUACGGGCCUCCUCGCAUGGCGACGGUGGUACAUCGAUCGGAACAUCGCUAUUUUCUUCUACGGGAGCCUGUUCUCUCUGGUGGCGGCGAUCCUCUGCUUCGUCGCCACGGUGUUCGACAUCGCCGCCGCGGCGGAAAACUCCGGUGGAUCCUUGUGGUCUCUGGAGAAGAUUCUCGAGCGAGGUCGCACUCGUACGAACGAGCAUCCGGGAAACAACACCUUGUCGAUCGACGAGGCCUUCAACUUGACCAUGGUUCACGACCUGGAACAGAAUAUUAAUUUCAACGGUCCCACGCCUGGAAUCAUACUCGAUCAUAUGUCCAACAUAUCGGGAUACAUUUUGAGGACUUCGAUCGGAAAUAACGACUCCGAGAAUUCUCGGGAGACGUUGAUCGAUUAUAAUCAGAACGAAAGGGAAUUCCUGGCUACGGGAGAUCGUGAACAGGAAUCGAAUGUUACAGAGGAAUCCUUGGAGACGAUAAAGGACAGAGUGAUGACCUUUUGGCAGGAGAAUUAUCGCGAUGCCUCGCACGCGAAGAUUUUGCUCACGGUGAACGUGUUGGUGGCUGCUCUUUUGGAAGCCUUCUGGUCGGCGCUCAGCGCGAAGAUUGCGUUACGAGGGAUGAUGAAUCGGUUGCCCGAGUCCGGAUACUCGAACGGGUCGAACGAGCGAACGAACUCGGAAAGGAGAGCGAUGGGAAAGAGGAAGCCGCCGGCACCCAGACCGGACAUAUUGGAUCACGAUCGUAGAUUGUCGGAGAGCUUGCAGAAUCUGGACGCGCUGCACGGUCUGAGGAGCUCGGGGCCGGGGCUACCUUUGCCGGAAUCUAGCAGAGAGUUCAGGGAGAGGGUCGAGAGAUUCUUGACGAAUCAGGCGACGCACAGGAUCGUCGAAGGAUCGUGUUCUUGAGGCGGGCCAAAGAACAACGAAAUGCGUCGAAACACAACGAACAACUUACGGAGCGGUGUACCUUUGUGUCCAACAACGAUGACAGUUUCGUUUGUUAGUCCAAAAAAUAUAACUAGGCGAUACUUUGUAGUGUUUUAAUUUGAGCUUCGUUUCUGAUCUCGACACCUGCACAAACAGUAAUUAUUGGACUAGUGUUUUUCCUGAACUGUAUAUGUACUGUAGGAAAGCAUAUAAUUACAGGGUGUGGCAAAAAAUUUGACAUCUUAAUAAAAUACCAUAAAAAUUUUACUUUUUCACAAACACAAAUUUCAACAACAUUUAUAAACAACACCUCUGGCUACGACGUACUUAAUUGGUUUCGAAGUAGCCUCCUUGUGCUUUUUCACACAACGACAAACAUUUUCGGAAGGAUUCGAGCCCAGUCUCGGAGCAACGAACGCUCCAAUUUUUUCAUUAGUGUUAGAAAUCUAAAAAAUGUAUGUUAACGCAUUAACCCCGGCGCUGAUAUUUGCGUUUCUCGUCACGGGACGGCGCGGUGGUACACGCCAUCUGAUAGGCACGCGAGCGCGAACCACCGGUGGUACACGCCGCCCAAUGAGAGAGUCUAUCGCGAGCCACCGGUGGUACACAGCGCCCGAUGAAAGGACAUGAAGGCGUGAACAUGUUAAACAAGAUGGAAAAUUCUGAAAAAAGCACAAUUACGUACCUUUUUUAAUGACGAAUCGAUCAAAAAUUGUGAAAAAAUUUCAUACUUGAAGUGCUUUCGUGUUUGAAUGAAUACAACUUACAGGUCAAAUUUUCUGCUACACCCUGUAGAUAGCGCGGUACAAAAACUUUUCUUAUAGUAUACCGUUCUUGCUAAACAAUGAGAGGUACAAGCUUUUUUCCAAACAUUAAAUAACAAGACUCUUCCCAAUGUUACUAUUUAAUAGAAGAAAUGAUCGUAUUAUUAAAUAUUAUGUUAAGUAAUAAUUGUCCAUAUUAGUUUUGCGAAUAGUUUUAAGAAACAUCGCGUAAAACCGUAAAUACGUAUUUGUCUGUAGUCGGUAGUAAUCGCUUAAAGACAGUUUAUUCCAGUUAAUUUUUCAGAGCUAUCGAUCGAUCGAUUAAUCGUAGAUUUAUUCAACUUUCUAAUAAAUCCGUCGAUAUAGUUUAAUAUUUAUAGUAUAUUCGUUGCUUUCGAAACUUCCACUGAUGAAUGUAAUAAAAUCUACGUUUUCCAGAACUUUAAAUAAUAAGGUACUUUUACUAAUUUACUAUACAAUAAACGAACCGACUGUAUUAUUGAAUACCAUUAAAUAUACCUAAGAAAAUCUAGGUGACUGCGCCAAUUUUGAUUCACAUGCCAAAAAGCAAUCACCUAGCAGUUUUUAGUUUUAAUACUUGUGAUUCUUACAAUUGUUUUAAUUAUUUCCCUUUGGUCUUAAAUAUACCAAAACAUGCGCUAAUAUGAAUUAUGUGGAAUAUAUCCAUAUAGUAUACUUACUAUAAAAUUAAACAAUUGUAUAUUAAAAUAGGUAUUGUGAAAGAAAACCACUAUUGCGUUCUGUUCGUUAGAUCUAUGAUUUCGUACAUUCAUACUUAGUAUAACCACUUUCUACUGUGUAUACAGUCAGUUCCAUAAAUAUUCGUACCUUCUAUGUUUGUUGAAGAAAUUCAUCUAAAUUAAAUGAUAGUUUUGACGUCUUCAAAUACACGUUUCAUUAUAAUAAAUGUAUAAAUGAAUAAACUUAACACAUGUAUAUAUACUUAUAUAUAACAAAUUUAUUUAGAAAUAUCAAACCGAUUGUUUAAGUUAGGCAAAUUUUCUCAGUAGUCAUAGAGAGUCUUUUGUCUUUGUUUAUUUUAAGGUGAAUGGGAACUGUUGUCUCAUAUUUCACCACUAUGUCUGUUCUUUCCAAUUUUUCUUUUUCUUCUAAUGUUUUUUACCUUUUUUAGUUGCUUAUCUUAUGCUAUAUAAGGAUUUUCGAUACUUAUUAUUUGUUAGCCUAAGUGGUAGUCGGCUACGUUACUCACUGCUCCACUGUCCGCGCUAGACUUACGAAGCUGACUGUAUGUUACAAAUCAAAAGAUCAGCAUUAAUAUUUCGUUUUGCAUAAAUACAUGUGUUUGCGUCCGUUCACUACUUCUCGUGUGCGCCAUGCACGAUAGACGAAUAAAAUCCGCAGUUCGGUGACUCUGGUUAUACAGGGUACCCCUAAUUCAAGUGUCGAAACUUUGGGAGAAUAUGGGGCACCGAUAAAUUAAGAAAAAAAGUUUGGAGAAUUAUCGUGAAAAAGAAAGAAAAAAGGUUUCGUCUUUUCUUUCAUUUAUUUACACUUACUUAUUUCGUUAUCACUUACUUAAUUUAUAUAAUACGGACACUAUUCAAAAUGAUGACCUCUUGCUGCAAUGCAUACAUUAAAUAAGUGAUAACGAAAUAAGUAAGUGUAAAUAAAUGAGAGGAAAGACAAAGAAAUUUUUCUUUCUUUUUUACGAUUUUCAUCAAAACGAAACAAACAUACUCCCAAACUACAUGCUCCCAAAAUUUUGACACUUAAAUUAGGGACACCCUGUAUAGUUAGCAAUUUCUCCCCGAAAUGAUUAAUUCCACGAUAACAGAGUCGUCGAUACUGCAAAUCACGUUACGCAACGAAAGUAAUAAUCAUCCAUGCAAACACUUGCUGCUAAUUUCCUUCGUUCGCGACUUCGUUAAUUAACUCGAAACGACAGACACGUAGUCGAGCAUACUGUAAAUAAUUUGUGUUUAAACAGCGCCCCGUGAAGUCGAACGCGAUUGCAACAUCGCCGGGGUAGACGGAGUCGAUUCGGACGCGCAAUUGGAUACAGUUAAAGAACGGUAGUUAUAUAUAACGAGUCUUCGUUCUACGAGAUUGUAUCACCCGCUGGAAAACACUUAAUUCUAAUUUAUUAUGUCUGAUCGUUACGUUCCUCCUUCAAUGUUAAUUAAAACGCUUCAACGGCAUCAAGCCAUUUCGAACUCGAUCAAACAAAAUUAUUCAUCUUCAUACUUGUGGCUAACAUUUUGCAUUGAACGCGACUACACUUGUCCUAUAUUUACAACGACUACGUAAAAAUAAAUCUGAAAUAUCAGUUUGAUAACAAUGUACAAUGCGACACGCGAUUUUACGGUCACCUAUAUUUUUGAUCAUUAGUACUAGUGCAUUUAUGGUAGAGAUAUUUGUGCAUUUAUGGAAACUUUGCUGUAUGUGCUAUCAUUCUAUAAAUAGUUACACGAUCAUUAGUCAUAGUUCGUUGCUCCUCAAUGAAAUCGUUUGCAAUUUUUAGUGAUAUUACCUCGGUUUAAUACACUACCCAUCGAGUUAUACAAGAAUCCGUUAAGAUUCACUGUACUUAUAAAUAUUUUUUGAAAAUUUGGGGCGACACAAUUUUACGGUCGCUUAGUGAAAUGAAUAUAUAAUUUGAUGAAAACAAGUAAAUGUAACACAAAAGGUAAUUAGAACAUCUCCAUAACAUGGAAUAUAAUUCCAUAAUAUUAUCUCCAUAAUCUUCGUUUCGACAAACAUUAAAAAAUAAAUAUAUAAAAAAUAUAUAAAAAAUAAAUAUAGUUAAAUAUUGAAUCAAUUAAUGUAACGCAAAAGGUAAUUAGAACACCUCCAUAAUAUGGAAUAUAAUUCCAUGAUAUUAUCUCCAUAAUACUCGUUUCGGCAAACAUUAAAAAAUAAAUAUAGUUAAAUACUGAAUCAAUUAAUGUAACGCAGAAGGUAAUUAGAACACCUCCAUAAUAUGGAAUAUAAUUCCAUGAUAUUAUCUCCAUGAUACUCGUUUCGGCAAACAUUAAAAAAUAAAUAUAUAAAAAAUAUAUAAUAAUAUAUAAAAAAUAUAUAAAAAAUAAAUAUAGUUAAACAUCGAAUCAAUUAACUUUGAGGUAUCAAAGAUGAAUAAAAAUGAAUAUUAGCUACCAUUGUCACAAAUUGUUCGUAAAAUUAAUUCGUCCUAAAAAUCUGCAACUUUCUGCAUCUUUUUAUCCUACCGUUUCGUAUUGUGCUCAUUCAUUGUUAGCCGGGCUCGAACUUGAAUAGAAUAAUGAAAGAAUAUACAGCGAUACCUCGGAGUCGAGAGUCCCGUUUUGAUUCAACCGCUACCGAUCGAUCCAGAUUACGCGAAACUAUCGUUACGUACAAUGGGCUUUGCCUCUCGUACGCGGGCAUACGUGCCGCGAAAGUUCAACGAUUCGUGCAGCCUGUUGCGAAAUCCUAUAAUCUGAUAUUGGCCAACGCAGAGAGCGCGGGAGUUUACCAAGAAAAUCGCUGACAAUAGCGGGCGCCCGCUAUAGAUCUCGCAUACCUCGUUAAAUGGUUACCGGGGCGUGUUUCUGUGACAUAUCGAGCACGAUACAAUCGUUGACCGAGGAACGAUUAGCCACUACCGCUUCUCCGUGUCCGUGUCUCUGAUCCUAGAAUGAGUUAUCUUGAGUUUCACUUCUGAGCGCACUCGAGACACUGGAAAAAUGUCAAUUUUAUUGGGCUAGAAUUAAGUAAAUUCAAGCGUAGAGAAUGAUCAGGGAUUAAUUAAAACGAAAUACUCGAAGCGGAACUGUAAAGCUAUACUUGUUUCAAAAACGUGUACGGGCAAGUCCAUAGAAAUCUUAGAUUUGCUAUUUUGCGUCUUUAUUUAAUGUUAUCUUCUGAUGUUUCAAUAUGUUAAUUUAUCAAUUUAAUUUAUCAUAAUUUAAUCUAUCAAUCAUUUAUUUUAUCAUAUGGACGUUUUUAGUGGAAGGUAAUGAUAAAAAAAAUGUUUUCCAUGGGUUUCGUAAAAUUUGUAAGCUAUCUGAGAAGCCAGGAUGUCUUUAAAAAAUUAAAAUGUUAAAAAUUGCCUUGUGAGUUUGUUAAUUUUCAAAUAUUUUGAGAUAGCUGUAGGCUGUGUACACCGUUAAAUUUUUUGACGUGGCAUUAAUUGGAAAAGAUUGCAGGUAUACAUACAGUCAAUCUAAUAAGUAUUCGUACAGGAACCAAUUCAAAAUAAAACUGCAUAUAUUUAUUUUAUUAAUAAAUUCUAGGGGAAGAAAUAAUUUAGCAGCAUUCCUACAUGUUUUUAGAGUAGAAUUUGCGUAAAUUAAAGUUUAUUACUUUUAAUGUUAAUUAAAACGUUCUCUUAUUUCUUUUCUUAUUAUUUCUUAUUUUGGUAUUAUUUUAAAUUGGUUGGUGUACGAAUACUUCUUACACCGACUGUAUUUUAGAGUAGAAUUUCGGUAAAUUAAAGUUUAUUAUUUUGAAUGUUAUCAUCUUAUUUCUUUUCUUAUUAAUUUUAUUUUAAAUUGGUUGCUGGCCGAAUACUUGUUACACUGACUAUAUAUGUGAAAUGAACCUACAAAUCUCAUAUACAGUAAAGUCUCUAUAAAUGCACAAACUCGGGACUGAACUAGUGCAUUGUGGUAGAGAUAGUUGUGCAUUUAUGUAAACUUUACUGUAUAUACUAUCAUUCUAUAAAUAGUUACACGAUCAUAGAAAACAUGUGACCAACUUUCAUUAAUUUUUGAAUUUUGGACUAUUUUCUUUUACAACAUUUACACCGUCAAAUUUUAUUCAUUUCCGAUCCUUGAAGUUCGUUUAUCUUAUGAAGAGGAACCAUUCCCGAAAACCCAGAUUGAUGUGCCUUUUUUUUCAGUGAAUUAGAGUCGCUUGAAAAUUUUAUCCAAAAUCGAUAUGAAAAUUUCAGAUUUACAUUGAAGCACAUUAAAAAUAAACUAUGCAUUGCCAGUCUCACAGUUGUGAACUAAGCUAUAUGGAGUAACUUUCAUGAAAAUAAAUAAGGCACCGUUCUUACGUUAAAAGAUAUUGAUAUUUGAAGCAAAUAAAUUCGUAUUCUGUAUCAUCAGAAAAUCGACUUACGAAGAAAUGAUAAAAAAAAUUCAAACACGUUGUACAAAGCUGUUUCGAAAUG